CGCCAUUCCUCCUCUUACUCUCUCUCGCAUCGCUCUGCAUACCCCGCGCCCACUCCUGCGCCGUAUACCUCGUCCACCGCUCUCACGCACCAUUACGACCAACCCGCCAAACAUGUCUGGAAAGUACAUCGUGGUCUUCAAGGACCAUGUCACCCAGUCCGAGAUUGACAAGUACGCCAGCCAAGUCAACUCGAACGGCGGCGAGGUCCAGCAGCGUUACGACAGCGUCCUCAAGGGCUUCUCCGCCACCAUCCCUGACCAGUUCCUCACCCAGCUGCAGUCCCUGCAGAGCGACACCAUCGAUUACAUCGAGCCCGACAGCAUCGUCACCACGCAGUGAUCGGGCCUUGCCUUGGUCCUGGGCUUUCUGAUGCCGAUGGCGCCCCGCGGACGAGGAUGAUGAAAGAUGGUGCACGAUCAGGACGAUGUGUUGUUGUUGUCUCAUUAGCAGCUGUAUGUAUCACCAGGGAGCACGGUUCGCGGGAGGGGCCCGAUGGCGUCGAUGGGGGUGUAGGCUAGAUCGCAGAUGCGCGUGUGUACGUUGGAUCGGACGCUUGUCCAGGUGAUAUAUGGUUUUGCGUGGUUCC